AUGCAAUCGCCAAUCUCAAUGUUGACAGUCAUUCUACUCAGUGCAAUUUUUGCUUUCGCCUUUUCACGACAUCACCAUCAUCACAAGCACCAUCACAGUAAUCGAAUAAACACUGACGGCUCUCUGCAAUCAUCAAUUCCAAUUUCUUAUUUGCCUAAAGUUUGCCCGCAAGCUUCAAAAUCAGCAGAGAAAUGGGAAUUUUGUCCAAAACCUCAAUCGGGAAACGUUGUCGAUUGGCCGUGUGUGAGAUUUUCGGAUUUGUGUAAUGGAUUGGAGGAUUGUCCCGGUGGCUCGGAUGAGGAUCCCGAGAUUUGUUUCUUCCACAAUUUGAUGCGACACGAACUGAGUUCUCUACGCAAAACGAUUGACACGCAAAACGAGCAAGUUUUUGGAUCGACAAGAAAAACAGUGAAAACCGAGAAAUCUUCGCAAACAACCUCAAAUGAAUGGGUGGAAUUGACGCAAUUG